UGGAUCAGUAAGCAAUCUCGGCCACUCACUCUUCUCAGUUUCUCACGGUGCCGCAGCUACACCCGCCGUCCGCCCACGCUUCCACGGUCGCCGCUCCCACCUGCCGCCGCCGCCGCGACCACCACGCCCAUCGCAUAAACGAGCGGCUCCCACCCUCCGCUCCGGCGGGGUCUCUCGCGAUCGCCGCUGCGGAUUUGUCGAUCUCGCCGGCGGCGGCGCUGGCCUGACUUCCGUCCAGUCCAACAGUACCAGGAGUUCAUUUCUAGUACUUCUUUGGUACAUUUGUGUCAUUUGGAGAGCGAUUGAAUUUCUGAUAGAAAUUGACUGUGGCAUGUGUUUGCUUUGUCGUGCUGAAGCUUGGGGCCAUUUUCUGCAAAACUGGGCAUUAAUUUUGGUAGCUACACUCAUAGAGCAUCCACAGAUGGUGAGCGCCUUGGCAGGAGUGAUGACCUCUGUCAUCGCCAAGCUCACCGCCCUGCUCGGGGAGGAGUACGCAAAGCUGAAAGGUGUGCACAGGGAGGUGGAGUUCAUGAAAGACGAGCUGAGCAGCAUGAACGCGCUCCUUCAGAGGCUGGCAGAGGUGGACCGUGAUCUUGAUGUGCAGACCAAGGAAUGGAGGGACCAAGUCCGGGAGAUGUCUUAUGACAUUGAGGAUUGCAUAGACGACUUCAUGAAAAGCCUUGGCCAAACUGACAGUGCUAAGGCAGCAGGGCUUGUGCAAAGUGUGCUCCAGCAGCUCAAGGCGCUGAGGGCGCGCCAUCAAAUAUCCAGCCAAAUCCAGGGGCUCAAGGCACGUGUUGAAGAUGCAAGCAAGCGACGUAUGAGGUAUAAGCUCGAUGAGCGCACCUUCGAACCUAGCAUCUCAAGGGCCAUCGACCCCCGUUUGCCUUCACUCUAUGCUGAGCCAGACGGGCUUGUCGGUAUUGACAAGCCAAGAAGCGAGCUCAUCGAGUGCCUAAUGGAGGGGAUGGGUGCAUCGGUGCAGCAGCAAAAGGUGAUAUCUAUUGUGGGUCCUGGGGGUCUCGGUAAAACUACACUUGCCAAUGAGGUGUUUCGUAAACUGGAAGGCCAGUUCCAAUGUCGAGCUUUUGUUUCCUUGUCACAACAACCAGAUGUGAGUAAGAUCUUAAGAAAUAUACUCUCUCAAGUCUGCCAGCAAGAGCUUCCUAGCACAGAUAUACAGGACGAGGGAAAGCUCAUUGACACAAUAAGAGAAGUUUUAAAGAACAAGAGGUACUUAGUUGUUAUUGAUGAUAUAUGGAGUACUCAAGCAUGGAAGAUUAUCAAAUGUUCUUUGUUUCUGAAUGAUCUGGGAAGCAGAAUAAUGACGACAACACGUAGUAUUGAUAUAGCCAAGUCAUGUUGCUCUCGACGCCAUGAUCGUGUCUAUGAAAUAAUGCCUCUGACGGCAGCCAACUCUAAGAGUUUAUUUUUUAAACGAAUAUUUGGCUCAGAAGAUAUAUGUCCUCCUCAAUUGGAAGAAGUCUCCUCGGAAAUAUUAAAAAAGUGCGGUGGUUCACCAUUAGCAAUUCUUACAAUAGCAAGCUUAUUGGCUAAUAAAGAUUGCACAAAUGAAGAAUGGGAGUGGGUGUAUAAUUCGAUCGGUUCCACACUGGGAAAGGACCCCGGUGUAGAAGAGAUGAGAAGGAUACUUUCUCUUAGCUAUGAUGAUCUUCCCCACCAUUUGAAGACAUGUUUACUUUAUCUAAGUAUAUUUCCGGAGGAUUAUGAGAUUGAGAGGGAUCGAUUAGUAAGGAGGUGGAUCGCUGAAGGAUUCAUUGAUACAAAUGGUGGACGAGAUUUGGAGGAAAUAGGAGAGCGUUAUUUUAAUGAUCUUAUCAAUAGAAGUAUGCUUCAGCCAGCGGAAAUCCAAUAUGACGGUCAAGUCGUUUCAUGCCGAGUGCAUGAUAUGAUUCUGGAUCUCCUUACAUCUAAGUCGAUGGAAGAAAACUUUGCCACCUUCUUCCGUAACCAAAAUGAGAUAUUAGUCCUUCAACAUAAGAUCCGUAGGCUAUCACUCAGUUAUUAUGACCAAGAGCACAUCAUGCUUCCAUCAACAGCAAUCAUUUCUCAUUGCCGGUCGCUCAGUAUUGUCGGGUAUGCCGAAAAGAUGCCUUCUCUUUCGAAGUUCCGUGUUCUGCGAGUACUUGAUAUUGAGAAUGGCGAGGAGAUGGAGAGCAACUGUUUUGAGCAUCUGAGGAAGCUUUUCCAGUUGAAGUAUUUGCGACUCCACGUUAGAAGUAUUUCUGCACUCCCUGAGCAGUUAGGAGAACUACAGCAUUUGAAGACUCUGGAUAUGGGAUGGACAAAGAUCACAAAAAUGCCCAAAAGCAUUGUUCAGCUGCAACAUUUGACAUGUUUGCGCGUCAGUAAUUUGGAAUUACCUGAAGGAAUUGGGAAUCUGCAAGCUCUGCAGGAGCUAUCAGAUAUCAAAGUCAACCGGUACAGCAUGGCGUCGUGUUUGCUGGAGCUGGGCAGUCUGACUAAACUGAAAAUCCUUGGGCUACGCUGGUAUAUUGUCAGUACACACAGUAACAAAGAUACUUUUGUGGAUAACUUGGUAUCCUCGCUGCGCAAAUUGGGCAGAUUCAGCCUUCGAUCUAUAUGCAUUCGUAGUUAUCAUGGCUAUUCAAUGGAGUUCUUACUGGACUCCUGGUUCCCCUCCCCUUAUCUCAUGCAAAAGUUUCAGAUGGGCACGUACUACAACUUUCCCAGAGUUCCUCCUUGGAUUGUGUCACUGGACAAGCUCACAUACCUAGAUAUCAAUAUCGAUCCAGUAGACGAGGAAACACUAGAGAUCCUUGGAGAGCUACCUGCUUUGCUGUUUCUCUGGCUGAUGUCGAAAUCAGCUGCUCCCAAACAGCGGCUUAUCAUAAGCAGCAGCAUGUUUGUAUGUCUGAGGGAGUUCCAUUUCACCUGCUGGAGCAAUGGAGAAGGACUGAUGUUUGAAGCCGGGGCCAUGCCGAGGCUUGAGAAACUGUGGGUUCCGUUUGACGCAGGCAGCGGUCUUGAUUUUGGCAUCCAACACCUCUCUUCCCUCAGGCAUCUUGCCGUCGAGAUCAUUUGCGUUGGCGCGACCGCUCGGGACGUUGAGGCGUUGGAGGAGGCCAUCAGAGAUGCAGCUCAUCUCCUUCCGAAUCGCCCUGCGGUGGAGUUCCGAACAUGGGAUGAUGAAAAGAUGGCGGGGGAGGAGGGGCAAGGCGUCACUGAAGAGGAGAUCCAUGCUAGCGGUUGAAAGUCAGCCUGCGGUAUAUGUAAGUGUACACAGUACACAACUCAUUUGACUUUUUUAACUUCUCCUUUUCCUCCCGUACGCUGCAUAGUUUUUGUAAUUUUCUUUGGAGCAAAUUACAUCAUGGGACACCACAAGUAUGUCUAAUUCCAGACUUGCCCUCAUGGUCACCAAACUUCAAGUGGGUCACUCAAGGAGUCUAGGUCAGUAGCAUUCUGUCCCAGGUAUAACUGAUGGCAUGCAUGUCUUGUUCACUGGCACCACUUUGGCAUGUAUAUACUUUCAUAUAUACUCCCCUCCGCCGCGUAUUAGCUUUGGUCAAAGUCAAGCUUUGUAAACUUUGACAAAGUUACAAUAACAAAUCAAUACCAUUAGAUUCAUUAUUGAAUGUACUUUCACAUCAUAUAUAUAGAUUUGUUAUGAUAAAUGUUUGAAAGUAAGGCUUUCGGUUUCUUUGGUAGACAGGCUAUAGGGAUGGCAUAACGAAAGCGCGGAACGAAGGUAAACAAGAGGGCUGGAAUGUUGGGUCUAGGCAAGGAUACAAGUGGGAUCUUGUUCGCGGGAUUACUAGUGCAUUGGCUGGUCUUUCCAGCAGCCGGGAAGAAAAGUUGUUGCUCGAUGUCCGCCGCAUAAGAGAACUUGAAGAUUUGCACAACUCCGUGCUAGAAAUUUCAGCGGCGGGUGCGCUGCAGAUGUUUCAUGAGAGUAUUCAUCAGGAUAAUGACCCAUCAGAGAAAAACAGCCUCCAAACUAUUCCAAUCGACCUUCUCCUGUCGUUGCAAGAAUGUCCAGAUGUUCAUGUCCCUGAAGAGCCGGCACAAGUUCCUUAAGCAAAGGUCGUAAUGGAAUUGUUUUUUUUAGAAAAGGAGGAUCACCCCCGGCCUCUGCAUCAGAAUGAUGCAUGCAACCCCUUUAUUAAGCAAAGUAAAUGAAAGGUCCGCGGUCGUAAUGGAAUGGUAGAUCUGUUGAUACUGAUUUCGAAGUCUGGUAGAAAUCACUUAUUAGACUGAUUCUUUCUGAAGGAUGUAACUGUAAAUCUGUUGAUACUAAGAUUUUCUUUAUCAUGUCACCCCUUCCUUUGUAUGAAACUCCUGUAAUUUCGCAGUUUGAAUGGCAAUAAUAAUAUUUUCUUCCUGAGGUUUGCAUA